AUGACUAAGGCCGACGCCGCUAUCUCUUCCAUCCCACGGAUAAUUGUUACCAACGACUACUUCUGCAAUGAUGGUAUACCUGCGGACCUAUUGUUGCUAUCGGGAACCUACAUUGAUGUUGAGUUGGAUGUUAGGGUAGAGAUCACCACACCAAACAAAGGUGAUGUAUCUAUUGAAGGAAAGGUGUCCGAUGUAAUUCCGACUAAGUUGCGGAUUCAGAGGAAGAUUACACCUAUGCGUCGGGUGAAUCAAGAAUGGCCAAAGUGGUUGCGAGAGAAUUGGAGGUUUGAAUCAAAAGCUUGUUUCACUGGAGCCACGACAGAAAUUUCUGAUAGAUACUAUAUUGAACUGGUGUCCGGUGAUAAAUUAAGGUCAGAGAAUGAGGUUGAUUAUCUCAUUAAAAUACGUGGCAAGCACAAGACGGAAAAAACUAACAUUAACUUUGUUGUUGCUACACCAUCUGAGGAAAAAAAAACCAGAAGAAGAGAGGCUUGA